CGUUAUGAUCGACAGAAGAAAACGCUAUGUAUUGAUGGUUUAUAGAUGUAAAUACGGACUACAUUUGGAACAGCGUGAUGUCCUGUGACAAGAGGUGGCUAUGUUCGGCUGUCCAUUAUGGCAGUAAAUCAUGGCAGUGGCAGUGGAUCGACCAAGCAUGGCCGGAGGUCUCAAGUUCAUGCCUUUGAUUUCAGUUGCAAUAGAUGAGCACAAGAAAGUAGCCCGUAUUGUCAAAAUUUCUUACGCCGCCUCCGUUAUUGCCUUUGCCGUAGCGGUCACGCACAUCUACGCAGCGUCCAGCGAGUUUGGAAUAUACAAUGACGUCACAUACGUGGACGCCUGGGAUUGGUGGAUUCUACAAACACUUCUUCGACUCGAGGAAUUGUCGUCGGCUUUCAUAAUUGUGUUGAUCGCUUUUCGAAAUCCGCUUGAGGGAACAAAGUUUUACUCGUGGUGCGCAAAAUGGACCAGUACGACUAGCGACAGCAACACUAAUUCUUCCGAAAGAAAUGUGGCAAAUUCACUGGUGACGUACACAAUGGUCGAAAAGUUUUAAGAAUAUUAUAUAUGUUGAUCACAAUAGCAAUUGCACAUAUUAUUGUGUUUACCGUUGUGUGUGCGUUUGUGUUUUUUGUAACACGGUUGCUUAUAUGAAGGAGAUAUUCUCCGAUGGACUUAAAAAUAUUUGUGUACAUUAAACACUGCCAUUGUCUAAUUUAAUUUAAUUUAAAUUAAUUUAAUCUACCAUUGUCUUUAAGAGAAAGUCCUUCCAUUCACUGACGGGAUUGUUAUGUUAUACACCGUACUGCGACAUAAACACAUAGGGGUGAUGUGGCUAUCAUUUAAUUAAGUAAAUUGGGAUGUUUU